AUGGACUCGCCUAAUUUGGUGUUGUUCUAUGUCGGGUUUGCUGUGGAUUGUUUGGUCGGCGCAAUGAGUUUCGUUCUUACUUUGUUCACCUUCCCAACGUUUUUCAAUCUUGACAGCAAUUUAGUUCACUAUCAAUUCAUAAUAUUCUGUACUGGCUGGAUAAAUAACAAUGUUAUGAGUAUUCGUGCAGUUUUAGUCAUUAUCAUUACUUUCGACCGAACAUUUGCAGUAUUUCUCCCGAUUACUUACCGCAAAUCUCGACAAAACUACUCAAAUUCAGUAAUUGUGGUUCUAGUUUCAUGUUAUCCAAUUGUGUGUAAUAUUGUUCUAUGGAUUAUUUGUGAUUACAGUUAUGAGUUUAUACCCGUAUGUUUCACUGUUGGAUGUGUAUUAAAUCAGUGUUAUGUUAGGUAUACACUGAGUUUUGAAGUGGUGACUCAUUCGAUUAUUGCUUCGAUAUCUCUCCUUCUUGCUAUUAAACUUUACGUCUGGAAUCAUUGUACGAAAAAUUCAAAAAGUAAAGAUAUCGAAAGAGCUAAUUAUAUUGCUCUGAUUGACACUUUCAUCAUCAUAGUAUUUGAUAUUAUUCCAUCUACAGCCGUUGCAAUGAUACCAAGAGAGGCAUUGGAAGAGACUGGAUCACUGUUCACUUGUUUCAAAAUGACUGGAUACGCAAUCGAGGGAUUUCUAGUUCAGAAAGCCUUGAAACGAAGAAAAGGGAUGGUUUCAAAUUUAAAUAACUCAACGAGUCGUAUAGUUUAG